AUGCCCUUCCGCAACGUCAUCUCGUGGAACUCCAUCGUCGCCAGCUGCCUCGUGCACGACAACCUCAGCGCUGCCUCCGUCUACUUCGCAUGCACCCCACGCCACAACGUCGCCUCAUGGAAUGCCAUGCUCGUUGUCCACCCCUCUUCGCUUCAGCCUGCCAUGGAUUCAGGGAUUGUUGUGAGCACCAUUGGGAUAUUCAUGCAAGUAAUUUUCGACAAGUACCUAAGCUCCAAGUUAGAGCAGUGGGCAGGUCGUGCAAACUUAGGAGGUGAAUUUCAGAACCUCUACCAUCAGCUUGACAUGGCAAAGGCCAUACUUGCUAGCCUGAAAGGCAGCCCUGUCAUGGAGGAGGGCAUCUGGCAGCUUGUUCGAGAUUUGAAAUCUUCGGCUUAUGAUGCAGAGGACGUGCUUGAUGAGUUAGACUACUUUCGCCUUAUUGAAAUUGUGGACGGCAGAAGUGAAGACAAGUUUUCUGCCAGCAUGGCCUUAUCAUCUCCUUCAGCUCUUCGGAAAGCUUUUCAUCUCUCAGGUGCAUCCCUGCUCCCUCCAUUCAAAAAAGCCAGACCGACCUUUGACCCUGUGUCAUGUGACUGGUAUUCAGUCUCUUGCAAGAUGAAAUCCGUUUCUGAUCGCCUACAAAGAGCUACUGCCCAUAUUGAGCGAGUUGCUCAUUUCAAAAAGUUGGUGACUGAUGAUAUGCAGCAACCAAAGUUUACAAACUCAAGACAAACCAGUUCACUCUUGACUGAACCAGAGGUGUAUGGCAGAGACGAGGAGAAGAGCACCAUUGUAAAGAUGCUCAUGGAAACAGAGUUUUCAAAUAUUCAAAAUAGGUACAAGAGCUUCUUGGUGCUCCCAGUUGUAGGUAUUGGUGGUGUGGGCAAGACAACUCUUGUGCAGUAUGUGUAUAAUGAUCCAGCUAUCAUCACUUGUUUUAAGGUAAGGGCAUGGGCAUGUGUGUCUGGCUUUCUUGAUGUCAAACAGGUUACCAUAGACAUACUUCAAUCAAUAGAUGAAGAGGGUCAUCACCCGUUUAUCAGCUCACUCAGUCUAAACAACAUUCAGACCAUGCUGGUUAAGAAGCUCGAGGGGAGGAAGUUCCUAAUUGUUCUUGACGAUGUGUGGUCCUGUAGUAACUGGGAACUGAUGUGUGCCCCCUUAUCAUCUGGGAUACCAGGGAGCAAAAUCAUAAUUACAACUCGGCAUCACAGUAUAGCUAACAGUGUCGGCACAAUUUCUUCAGUCACUCUUAGAGGGUUACAAGACAGUCCUUUCUGGUCUUUCUUCAGACAGAAUGCAUUUGGCGAUGCAAGUAUGGUUGAUCAUAAUCUAAAUUUGAUCGGCAGGAAAAUAGCAAACAAGCUGAAUGGUAUACCUUUGGCUGCAAAGACUAUUGGAAAGUUGUUGCACAAGGAACUUACUACAGAGCACUGGAUGAGUAUAUUAGACAGCAACUUAUGGGAGCUGAGACAAGGACCUGAAGAUAUCAUGCCAGUCCUUCUCUUGAGCUACCAACACCUGCCUGCAAACAUCCAACGUUGCUUUGUAUUCUGCUCAGCAUUCCCCAAGGAUUACUCUUUCUGUGAGGAGGAGCUGAUAUUUUCCUGGAUGGCACAUGGCUAUAUUCAGUGCAUGAGGAAAGACAAAACUUUGGAGGAUACAGCACGAGAAUACCUAUACGAAUUGGCAUCUGCUUCAUUCUUCCAAUUUUCAACAACUGACAACCUUUACAGAAUGCAUGGGUUAUUGCAUGACCUUGCAAGUUCCUUAGCUAAAGAUGAGUGUUUCACUUCCAGUGACAGUUUUCCUGAAGGUAUCAUAGAUGUCGUUCGCCAUUUGUAUUUCCUUUCCCCAGACCAUGCUAAAUUUUUUUUCCGUAAAUUCUCGCUGAUCGAACAUGGGUCACCGAGCAAUGAAAGUAUACCUGGGAGAUCACCUGGUCACUCUCUGGAGUUGAAUAAUCUAAGGACCAUAUGGUUUAGGGAUUCAACAAUUUCAUUGUCUGAUGCAUGUGAUGAUGGAUUUUGGAAAAUGUCUAUCAACUACAAAAGAAUCAUUAAUCUCCGCAUGCUAUGCUUAAAUCAUAUAAACUGUGAAGCCCUUCCAGUAACAAUUGGGGACUUGAUUCAUUUGCGGUACUUGGAUCUCAGGUUCUCAGACAUUGCUGAGUUGCCAGAAUCAGUACGCAAGCUUUACCAUUUGCAAGUACUGGAUGUAAGAUGUUGCAAGAACCUUCUUAAAUUGCCAACAGGUAUUAACAAUCUCAUUAGCAUUCGGCAUCUGUUAGUUGAUGCUUCAAGCAAGUCGCUUGCUGGUUAUGCUGGUAUUUCUUACAUUGGAAAGCUGACCAGCCUGCAGGAGUUGGAUCAUUUUAAUGUUAGAAAAGGCAGUGGGUUUAACAUUGCGCAGCUAAAAGAGUUAAGGGAUAUGGGGCAAUCACUUUCCAUUGGGUAUCUUGAGAAUGUUGGAAGCAGGGAAGAAGCUAGUAAUUCAGGGCUGAGAGAAAAAUACCGCCUUGUUGAGCUGAACUUACUUUGGAAUAACAACUUGAAAAAUGGAACCAGUGAUGCAGAAAUAAGUAUUCUUGAGGGUCUUCAACCACAUCAAAAUCUCAGACAUCUCAGGAUAACGAAUUAUAGAGGCUCUGCAUCACCAACAUGGCUAGCUAAUGAUCUGCAUACCAAAUACUUGGAGUCCCUUUACCUACACGAUUGCUUAGGAUGGGAGGUUCUUCCUCCUCUUGGGCAGCUUCCUUAUCUAAAGAGACUUCAUUUCACUGGUAUGGGUGCCAUCCUAUGUAUUGGUCCUGAACUCUAUGGAAGUAACUCUUUGAUGGGUUUCCCUUGUUUAGAAGAGUUGCAUUUUGAAAACAUGCUAGAGUGGCGAUCAUGGUGUGGGGUUGAGAAAGCAUGUUUUUUUCCUAAAUUGCUGACACUGACCAUCAAAGGCUGCCCCAACUUGCAGGUUCUACCUGUUCAGCAAUGGUCUGACCAAGUCAACUACAAAUGGUUCCCUUGCCUUGCUAUGCUUAAUAUGCAAAACUGUCCUAACAUUGAUCAAUUGCCUCCACUUCCACAUGUUUCAACAUUGUCAAGGAUAAGUUUGAAAAAUGCAGGGAUAAUCUCUCUCAUGGAAUUGAACGAUGAAGAACUCGUAAUUUCUGGCAUCUCUGAUUUGAUGCUGGAAAGACGAUUCUUUCUGCCAUUUCAUAACUUGAGGGGCCUCAAGAGUUUCAGCAUAACAAGUUGUGAUAAUUUCAUUGUACAGCCAUUGAAAGUCCAGGGAAAGCAUGGUAUUUCUGAGGUAUCAACGACAAUGCAUGAUGCUGGAUGCUCACUGUCAAACAUUGGUGAGCUCAAAAUAUGUGGUUCUGGGAUAUCUGAGGAUGUACUACAUGAAAUUUUAUCAAAUACUGGGAUUCUUGACUGCUUGUCGAUAAAGGACUGCCCCCAGGUUACUUCUCUUGAGCUGAACCCAAUGGUAAGACUGGAUUAUCUGAUUAUAGAAGACUGCCGAGCGCUCACAGCACUGAAAUGUAUGAAAACUCUCAUCCAUGUAAGCGAACUGACUGUGCUAAGAAGUCCUAAAUUCAUCGAGGGGUGGAAAAAUCUCGUCGAAGAGGCAGAGAGAUCACAUCUGGGAAUUACUGCCUCACUGACAAGACUGCAUAUUGACGACUUAUCAUUCCUUACCAUGCCAAUUUGUAGGACACUUGUUUAUCUUCAAUACUUGAUGAUUGACACAGAUCAGCAAACCAUAUGCCUAACCUCAGAGCAGGAGCAAGCAUUUGGUACACUGACUUCAUUGAAAUCACUUGUGUUCAGUGAAUGCUCAUGCCUCCGCUCAUUGCCUGCAAGGCUGCAUCAGAUUCCCUUCCUGAAGAGCCUGCAUUUAUCGUCGUGUGAGAGCAUCGACUCCCUGCCGCACCUGGGACUGCCAGGAUCACUGGAAAGAUUGUUCAUCGUUGGAUGUGACCUGCUGAGAGAGAAGUGCGUAGAAGGUGGGACUGACCAACACAAAAUCGCACAUGUCACGGAAAUAAUUUUAUAGCAGCGAAUUCUCCGAUGAUCUUAAGGUUACAAAUAAUGUACUACCUCCAUAUUUUUUAUUUACGUGAUUGA